CGCCGGGGCUGCCCAGGCCCGGCCCCCGGUGAUGCCCGCCGGGGCUGCCCAGGACCAGGCCCUGGUGGUGCCCGAAAUCCUGCCCGGUCCGGAGGGGCCCGGGGGUCCCCGGCGGGUGCGGCUGGACGCCUUCGGGCAGCGGGUGGAGCUGAGCCUGCGGCCGGACCGCAGCUUCCUGGCGCCGGGCCUGGCCCUGGGCACCGCGCCCCCCGCCGCCUCCUCCCGCCUGGCCGGCUGCUUCUAUUCGGGCACGGUGGAGGGCGUCGAGGACUCGGCCGUGGCGCUCAGUAUGUGCGGGGGCCUGCGGGGCGCCUUCUCCCUGCGCGGGGACCAAUUCACCAUCCAGCCCGCCCGCCCGGGACAUCCUCGGGGCCCGGACUCUGUGCUACACGUGCUGCGGCGACGCCGGCCCGGAGCCCCCAAGUGCGGGGUGACGGAGCCCUGGAGGGCACAGGACUGGCACCGCAACCGGACCCGUCCCCUGGACCCCUCUCCGGCCUCCGAGCCCCACCCGGGGGCCGGACACGUCCGGAGAAAGCGCUUCGUGUCCAGCCACCGCUACGUGGAGACGCUGCUGGUGGCCGACCAGUCCCUGGCGGACUUCCACGGCGAGGGGCUGCAGCACUACCUGCUGACCCUUUUCUCGGUGGCCGCGCGCCUCUACAAGCACCCCAGCAUCCGCAACUCCAUCAGCCUGGUGGCCGUCAAGAUCCUGGUGGUCCACGACGCCCAGCAGGGGCCGGAGGUCACCUCCAACGCGGCCAUGACCCUGAAGAAUUUCUGCAGCUGGCAGGCCCAGCACAACCAGCCCAACGACCGCCACCCGGAGCACUACGACACCGCCAUCCUCUUCACCAGACAGGACCUGUGCGGGGCCCAGACCUGCGACACCCUGGGCAUGGCGGACGUGGGCACGGUGUGCGACCCCAGCCGCAGCUGCUCCGUCAUCGAGGACGACGGCCUGCAGGCCGCCUUCACCACCGCCCACGAGCUAGGUCACGUGUUGAACAUGCCACACGACGAGGCCAAGCAGUGCGCCGGCAUGAACGGCGGCUCCAGUCGCGGCUCCCACAUGAUGGCGGCGAUGCUGUCCAGCCUGGACCGCGGGCAGCCCUGGUCGCCCUGCAGCGCUUACACCGUCACUUCCUUCCUGGACAACGGCCACGGGGAGUGUUUGCUGGACAAACCCCAGAAGCCUCUACGCCUGCCGUCCGACCUCCCGGGCACGCUGUACGAUGCCCACCGCCAGUGCCAGUUCACGUUCGGCGAGGAGUCCCUGCACUGCCCCGACGAAGGCAGCACGUGUGCCACGCUGUGGUGUACGGGCACCGCGGGCGGCGGCCUGCUCGUCUGCCAGACCAAGCACUUCCCCUGGGCCGACGGCACGGGCUGCGGCCCCGGAAAAUGGUGCCUCAACAGCAAGUGCGUGGACAAGCCCGACGGCGAGAAGCGCAGCGCACCGGUGCACGGCGGCUGGGGGGCCUGGGGCCCCUGGGGAGAGUGUUCCAGGACCUGCGGCGGGGGCGUCCAGUACACCUUCCGGGAGUGCGACCGCCCCGUCCCCCGCAACGGCGGAAAGUACUGCGAGGGACGGUGGGUUCAGUAUCGCUCCUGCAACAUCCAGGACUGCCCGGAUCACGGGGGGAGGACGUUCCGGGAAGAGCAGUGUGAAGCCCACAACGACCUGUCCAAGUCCCCCUUCGGGGGCGGGCCCGCGGUCGAGUGGACCCCCAAGUUCGCCGGCGUGUCCCCCAAGGACCGAUGCAAAUUGGUGUGUCGAGCCAAGGGCACUGGAUACUUCUUUGUCCUGCAGCCCAAGGUGGUGGACGGAACUCCCUGCAGCCCUGACUCCACUUCGGUCUGCGUGAGGGGCCAGUGUAUCAAAGCCGGCUGCGACCGCGUCAUCGGUUCCAGCAAGAAGUUCGACAAAUGCGGCAUCUGCGGCGGCAGUGGGGCCACCUGCAAGAAAGUGUCCGGGUCGCUGACCAACGCCAAGCCCGGCUACCAGGAUGUGGUGACCAUCCCGGCGGGGGCCACCAACAUCGAGGUGAAGCAGAGGAACCCCCACGGCUCCCGCACCCACGGCAGCUUCCUGGCCCUGAAGGCGGCCGACGGCUCCUACGUCCUCAACGGCGACUACACGCUGUCCACCCUGGAGCGGGACCUGACCUACCGGGGGAGCGUCCUCCUCUACAGCGGCUCCUCGGCCGCCCUGGAGCGCCUGCGCAGCUUCAGCCCCCUCAAGGAGCCCCUCACGGUCCAGGUGCUGACCGUGGGCGACGGCCCGCGGCCCAAAAUCAAGUUCAGCUACUUCAUCCAGCGUAAGAAGAAGGAGCCCUUCAACGCCAUCCCCACGCUGUCCGAGUGGGUCAUCGGGGAGUGGGGGGAAUGCUCGGCCACCUGCGGGCCGGGCACCCGGCGCCGGCCCGUGGCCUGCCGCGACCUCCGGGGCCGCCCCUCCUCGGACUGCCCGGCCGAGCUGCGGCCCGCGGCCGUCCGGCCCUGCGCCGCCGCCGCCGCCCCCUGCCCGCGCUGGCACCUCGGGGACUGGUCGCCCUGCUCCGCGUCCUGCGGGCGAGGGGUCCGCAAGCGGGCGGCGCGCUGCCUCGCCCCCGAGGGCGCCGAGCUGGCGCGGGAGAGCUGCGACCCGGCCCGCAGGCCCGGGCCCCUCCUCGACCUCUGCUCGGCCCCGGACUGCGGCUAGGGCGCGGCCGGGCCGCCGACGUCCGCUCCCCCAGGGGCCGUCGGCCCCGUGCCCACCGGGCCCGGCGGGGGACGGGAAGGGGCCGGGGGCCCGGCGGGGCUCACCUACCUCACGGACGCACGCGGGGAGGGUAACCACGGCGACCGCAGCAUCCGCUGGACCCGUAGCCGUCGGGCCCGCCCUAGCGACACCGGUACCCUCUCCGGCCGUGAUCACCGCGACACCUGCCUCCUCCUUGGGCACCCCGGUGGCACUGUACCCUCGCCGACCAUGGCGUCUGCCACACACCCGGCAACCCCGGCGAGCUCGCCAACUGUGGGCCCCGCGGAAGCCGGGAUGACCGUAGAAGGAAGCCGAGGUGCCCGCUGUACCCCUGGCAGCUGGAAUCACCUCGACGCCUCCCCGGCGAACGGGAUGCCCACCGGGCCCGCAGCCGCCACGGAGGUCCACGCGUCCACGCUGACCGCCGUCCUCGGGGGGCACCCACCGCAACAGCCGAGGACGGCGGCACCCCGCAACUUCCACCGUGCCCCGAAUGUGCCCUCCGGGGACCCCCUGGCUCUGCCUCUGAAAUUCGGGGUCUCUCCAGCGGAAGGGGGAGCGAAUCCUUCAACGGACCGUGGUCCCUGGGGCCGUGUCGGGGUGAAGCGGGCAUCUUCACCAGGCCCCCUCUCCCUCCCUCGGGCAGCGGGCACCGUGCCACCCUCGGGGCGAGGGUGAGGGGGACUCUCUCAGCAGCGGCGGUCCCGGCUGGGGGCCAGCAGAUCAACUGCCAGCCGGGCGACGGCCGGCCCCCCUCGGCCCGGGGCGGGGGCCGAGGCCGUCCACACUCGUGGAGUCCAACGCGUACCUCUAGGUCGGGGGCCGUACUUUAUAAGUAUUCAGCGACCACCCUUUUCCUUCCACGAAGGAUCGUAUUUGUCAUAAGGAAUGCAUAUAAUGAACGUAUUUAUUUUUAUACUUCUCGUCUAACGCGAUCUUCUAAGUUAUCACUUUUUUUUUCAAGGGGCGUAUACUGAGAAUAGAGUAUUUAUACUGGCUAUGUUACUAGAGGUAAUAAAAGGACACUAUGGACUUGG